AUGUUUGCCGACUUGAAAAAGAAAAAGAAAAAGAAGUCCAAGUCAACUGAAGAGGACGCUCCUGCUGAAACUGAAGCCGCAGCUGAUAAUGAUGAAGAAUUAGAUUUCGGUGCUUUAAAGAGAAAGAAGAAGAAGAAGAAGUCUAUGGCUCAAUUUGAAGCUGACUUGGCUGAUGAAAAUGCAGAUGAAGAAAUUGUCGAAGACAAAUCAGAUAAACAAGCUGGCGAAGAAGCUUGGCUGAAGAGUGACAGAGACUAUGCAUACGAAGAGCUCCUUGACCGCGUAUUCAACAUCUUGAAACAAAAUAAUCCUGAAUUGGCAGGCGAAAAGAAGAAAUACACCAUUGUUCCUCCUUCAAUUCAUCGUGAAGGUAACAAGAAGACGAUCUUUGCAAACGUAUCAGAAAUUUCCAAGAGACUUCACCGUCCUGCUGAACAUGUCAUUCAGUUCUUGUUUGCCGAAUUGGGUACAACCGGUUCCGUCGACGGUGCUCAAAGAUUGAUCAUCAAGGGUCGUUUCCAACAAAAGCAAAUCGAAAAUGUGCUGCGUCGUUACAUUGUCGAAUACGUCACCUGUAAGACUUGUAAAUCUCCCAACACGAUCAUGACCAAAGAUAACAGACUAUACUUUGUUACCUGUGAACACUGUGGCUCGACUCGUUCCGUCUCUGCCAUCAAGACAGGUUUCAAAGCACAGACAAAGGAAGAUAGACGUGCGCUCAGAGCAUAA